AUGGACACUUCCACUGGAUUGACGUGUGUCACUUGCGCUGUUGCCUUUAAUAGUGCUGAUCUUCAAAGAGAUCACUACAAAAGUGAAUGGCAUCGUUACAACUUGAAGCGUAUGGUAAGCCCCUUCUCUGAUUUCUGUUAUUGAGUCAAUUUGUAGGCUGCUGAACUGCCGCCAAUUUCGUCCGAGCAGUUCACCGUCAAAGCGCAGUCUUACUCGACAGAGCCGGUUGGUUGCCAGUUUUUAUCACUCUUGAAAAAUUAUCUUUCAGAGUAAAAGAGAAGUGAAACUGCUUUACUGCGCUGUUUGCAAAAAACAACUCAAAUCGCAAAAUGCCAUGAAUGAUCAUUUGGCAAGCAAGAAACACGCUGAGUGCGAGAAAUCUGUGAAAAAAGGACCAAAACAGCCGAAGAAGGUUGUUGGAUUUUCGAUUUUUGUAGCUUGAGAGAGUUUCAGCAGGGAAAUAGACAAAAGGCGCCGAAAACUUCAGAACCGGAGAAUGAAGAUGUCAGCAUGAAAAGCGAAGACGAAGAUGAGGACGACGACGACAGCUCUAGCGGCUGGAAGACUGACAACGGAACCGAUGAUGAGCAAGAGAUCGACUUCAACGAGCAAGAAGUUGGUUGCACUCAUCUUCAGUGAACAACUUUCGUCUAGGCUCUACCAGUCACUUCUUGUCUUUUCUGCCACCAGACGAAGCCGAGCAUCUCCGAAAUCAAGCAACACAUGAACUUUCACCACGGAUUCCAAGUCCCUGACCAGACGUACCUAGUAGAUGAACCAGGUCUUUUGAAAUAUCUAGGUACGUGAAGAAAACUCUUCGUAGAAAGGAGUUUCUGGCUGCAGGACUGAAGGUCGGCGCUGGCAGAUGCUGCAUCUUCUGCCCCGACGUCCGUGCAAGGUUUGCCGCUGUGGAGUCUUGCCAACGCCACAUGCGAGACAAGGAGCACUGCAAACUUCGUCGCGAUCCCGAGAGCAUGAUUGAACUCAGCGACUUCUAUGAUUACAGGUAAAUCGCGCUCCGUGAAGCUUCCUGACAGUUUGAGUUGCAGCUCUAUGUAUGAAAAGGAAGAUGAUGCUUCUAACGACGUUCUUUACGACGAUGGCUGGUCUUUGGCCCUUCCCUCAGGUUCUCCAAGUUGAUUUAUGUAUAUAUAUAUAUAUAUAUAUGUUAGGUUGUUUACUAAGUUUCUUUCUUUUUUUGAAGGACUUUUUUUAAAAAGUUUUCAACCAGAAAAAGCACUUCUCACAAUUUUGCUUCAUAUAUUAUUUACUACUACAUAAUCUGAAGUUCAGAUUAAAUUAACUGUACUACUAUAACACUAUGCAGAAAAAAGAUAAAGAACUUUGUCCGAACUCGAAAAAUCUCGAUUUUUGGAAAGUUUUGCGAAUUUAUUUUUUAUCUUACUUUUUCAAUCUUAUCAUUCGAUUAAGUUACAUAAAACGUAAACUGAGGUCGUGUGCUUGCUCGUGAAAGUUUUCGUUUGCUUCCAAAAAAUUUGAGAAAUGAGUUAAUUAUUCAAAAGCCAGACCAUACAAUUUAUGAUUGGCCAACAUUGUUGAAACAAUGCGCGUCCUGUUUUUGUUUGAUUUUCCCCGAAGUACAUUCGUAAUUAUCUAUCAGGUUUGAGGUUUUGAAAAAAAAUUGAAGGCACAACAUUAGCAACCGGCAGCUACCGUGAAACUCGAGGAUUUAAUUUUACAGCUUUUUUUCAUCAAAAAAUUUUUAUAGCACCAGGGCAGUGGUUUCUAUCCACUCUCAAACUUUCUGUUCUUUGCUGUCUCUCAAGUUAAUAAAAAAAACAAGUACAACAAAGGUCACUGCAGCCAGAUGUGGUUCAACUGAGUUUUUCCGGCCUAAAAUUUUGAGAAACGGUAAUCAACUGAAAUGACAGCUUGAUUAACUUCUAGAGGCUCUCUGACGGCGUCGAACGUUUAGACCUUCUGAAGAAAACGUGACUGAUACAGACCAUGCCUGUACUAAAUAACCACAAAAAAUCAAAAUCAUCCUCAAAGCCGUUCAUGAGAAAAGCGUCUAAAUGUUCAGCGACCAUGUCAUUGUCAUUGAUCAUUGACCGAAACUUUUAAAGAAAAAAGAUUUUUAGGCUUGUUUUUUGUUUAAAAAGUCAGCUUGCCUACUCUAUCUGUACUUCCAUCCUCCCUCGUUGUUAUCAACUACGAAACAUUGAAUCAUAAUUUCUUUUAGAAGAAACAAAAAAAAUUUUUUUCUAAGAGGGGGUGAAAUCGAGUUGGUUGCCCUUUUUUGAGUAUAUCAUUGCUCGUUUUAAAGUCAGGAACUCCAAAAUUAACAGUCAUGUUAACAGAUAGCUGAGGAUGACGGGGGAGAAAAAAAAUCAACCGAAAAAAAGAAAGAAACUUAGUAAAUGACCUAAUAUAUAUAUAUAUAUAUAUAUAUAUAUAUAUAGGGGGAAAAUUUCGUUUUUAUUUCGCGUUUGUCGCUCAAAUGAACGCAUGACAGAAUAUUUGGUUUUUUUGAUAAUAAGGUGCUUUCUCCGAUUUUUCUCUUUAUCAAAUCUUGUUUGAAAUCCAAAGAACGCUUUUUUUAUUUUUUUCUUUUUUUAUUUUUAUUUUUAUUUUUUUGAAUUCUAAAAUGAAUGACUGACAAUAAAAGGUUUGGAUUACCGAUUAAAAAAAGUCCAUACUAAUUUUUUACACGGGUUAUAUUUUCCCUUCGCCAAACAGUAUUUUUCAAGGUGGAAGAAUCGGCCAUCGUUCUCUCAUGCGCUACUACAAGCAGUACUUGAAACCGGUGAAUGGUGAGCAGCGACAGGUCGGUCAGGCCGCAAUCGACAAGGUCCGCGGCUUGUUCCCUGCUCUGGCCUACACUGGAACCACAGGUGAAGCAACAUUUCUAUCACUCAAAGUUGGGUUUCUCUCCAGGAACGAUCGCCAAGCAGGCAGCCAAGGACUUGAAGUUUGUCGAGAAGUUCCGCCGAAGAUUCGAUCUGAGGGUAGGCAUGAAGUCCAACAAGCUUUUCAAGUCUCAAGGACGGUACGGUGAUAACUGA